GUCGGGUCGGUUCAGAGCAGCAUUUCUUCAUCUUCUUAUCUUGAGAGCAGAAGCUCCAGAGUUUCUUCGUGAUGAAGGUCGGGUGGUCUUCCUCCAGAGUCCUGCUGCUGCUGCUGAGCCUCUGGGCUGCAGGAAGCAACGCACAGCUUAAUGUUUGCGGCGCCGCGCCGCUCAACACGAAGAGCGACACGCGGAUCGUGGGCGGCCAGCAGGCGGCGGUCGGGGCGUGGCCGUGGCAGGCCCAGCUGCUCAUCCAGGACGGGCUGUGUGGAGGAUCCCUCAUCAACAGCCAGUGGGUUCUCUCUGCCGCACACUGCUUUAAGAGCACCAGCACGUCAGGCGUGACCAUUUCCCUCGGCCUUCAGAGUCUGACGUCCUCCACUAACGUGGUUUCCCGCAGCGCGGCGCGGAUCAUCGUCCAUCCGGACUACAGCUCCAGCACAAACGACAACGACGUGGCCCUGGUGCAGCUGUCCUCCACCGUCACCUUCACCGACUACGUCCGGCCCGUCUGCCUGGCCGCCGACGGCAGCGUCUUCCCGUCCGGACUGGACUGCUGGGUCACCGGCUGGGGGACCCUCACCGAGGACGGCAGCGCUUCUCAGACACUGCAGGAAGUGGAUGUUCCCAUUGUGUCCAACAGCCAGUGCAGCGCCUCCUACAGCUCGUUAACAAACAACAUGCUGUGUGCCGGUCUGACCGGUGGAGGGAAGGACUCCUGCCAGGGAGACUCCGGCGGACCUCUGGUCACCAAAAACGGGACGGUGUGGGUCCAGGCCGGUGUGGUGAGCUACGGGCUCGGCUGCGCCCGGCCCGGCUAUCCGGGAGUUUACGCCCGAAUUUCCAACUACCAGACCUGGAUCAACAGCCAGGUGAGCGGCGAGCAGCCGGGAUACAUCACCUUCCAGGGCGCCGCCGCUCGCCCGCUGCCCGCGUCGCUGCUGGCCGUCCCCACGCUCAGCCUCGCCCUGCUCCUGUCCUGAGGUCCAGAACUGGAGCGGUGACGGCUGAUUAUUAACAAAACUGCUAUAAACAGAAACAAUUCUUUAUUUCUGGAAAAUUCUUAACAAUGUGACUCAUUAAUGUCAUAAAAAUCACUGAAAAAUUGUUUCAAAUAUUGGGGACUUAUUUCUUUCUUCGUAAAAUAAAAUGAAUGACUUUUCAGCAAAACAUUAAAACCACAAUUUGAUCUUUAAAUAAUUAAUUUAAAUAUUUUUUUAUUUACAGAGGGUUAGGGUAACCUUCACCAUAUGAAAGUAUUCAUAAUAAAGUUUUGAAUAUAUUUAAAAACAAUAAGAAACUUUCUUCUCCCUGAUCAUCAGAACUGAGAUUAAAAUGAGAUUUUAUUGAAUCUUUACGGUGUACAUCAGUGGGUCCCUGAGGGCCGGAUCCUGUGUUUUUUAGUCUCUGCCUGGUUUAACGCACCUGGAUCAAAUGAUGGAUCAUUAGAGGCCUAAGAAGAACGUCGACCUGCUGAAAAGGUUGUUACUAAAACCAGGGAGAGACUAGAACCUGCAGGCUGCCUCAGGGACCCACUUUGGACCCCACUGAUGUACGUGAUUAUAAAGUGUCACAUUUAAAUGUUAUUUUCUGCUUCUUGGCUGCAAACUCAGCAGGAUUCAGUCAGAAAAAGGUUGAAAGGUUUUGCUGUUGAAAUGUUUUGCACAAAUUUUACACAAUGUAACUGAUGAAGUUUUUAGUUUCUGAUUCUUUUUGUUCAUGUUGGAAUUGUUUUUGUUUUUAAACCUUUACUGUGAUUUAUUAUUAAAUGAGGACAUUUCCAUGUUUGUGUCUUGAUAAAAAUACUCAGGAAUCAGCUUUUCUUUGGUACUAUAUGAAGUAAAUCAAUCAAAUAAAUCUAAAUAUUUUUCUGUUGGA